AUGGAGGUCCCUGUCAUAAUCUGUGGCUCUGGCUCAGCUGGCCUCUGUGCAGCAACCUUUCUCGCUUGCGCCGGCAUCCCGGCAUCGCAGAUCAAAAUCUUCGAGCGCAGUGCCGGCCCGAUGGAACGCGGCCAGGCCGACGGGGUGCAAUGCCGCACGGUUGAAGUUUUUGAGUCAUUCGGACUGUCGGAGAAGCUUCUUCGAGAUGCAUACCAUGUCCUCGAGGUCUGCUUCUGGGCUGAUCAGCCAGAUGGAAAUGCCCAGAAAAGGCUGGUCAGGACUGGGCGAACGGCGGAUACAAUGCCUGGAUUAUCGCACCAUCCACAUGUGAUUCUAAACCAAGCGCGUAUAAAUGCGAUGUUUUUGGAGAAGAUGAAUCAACGUGGUGGAUUACAGGUAGACUAUGGUUGCGCGGUGACGAGUGUCGGGGUGUAUUCGAGACACGACAAUGAUGAGCACCCUUGUGAAGUGAAAGUAGAGAGAGACGGCAGGGAGGAAGUUUUCAGAGCAAAAUACGUUCUUGGGUGUGAUGGUGCACAUAGCAUUGUUCGACGCUCGCUUGGGUACAAGAUGAUUGGCGACAGUACAGACGCAGUUUGGGGCGUAAUGGAUGUAUAUCCGAGAACCAAUUUCCCAGAUAUCCGGAAAAAAGUAACUCUACAUACCCAAGAUGGAAAUCUCAUGAUCAUUCCUCGCGAAGGGGACUCGUUGGUCCGAUUCUACAUCGAGCUCCCGCAAGGCACAGUAGCAAAAGAAGUCCGGCUCGAAGACCUUCAUCAGAGAGCUCAGCGGAUAUUCUCCCCCUAUUCCAUGGAAGUGGCCGAAACAUUCUGGUGGUCUGCAUACUCUAUUGGGCAACGCCUUGCUGACCAUUUCCACAAAGACAACCGUGUCUUUUUGACGGGUGAUGCAUGUCACACGCACAGCCCCAAGGCUGGACAGGGGAUGAAUGUCAGUCUACAAGACGGAUACAAUCUAGGGUGGAAAGUUGCUGCUGUUCUCAAAGGGCAAGCUCCCGCGUCGAUACUAGAGACGUAUCGUCUUGAACGCGAGAAAGUCGCGGCUGAUCUCAUCGAGUUUGAUCGUUUUUUUGUGCGGAUUUUCUCGUCUAAAUCUUCUAGUGACAGUCACACUCCCCCAGAAAGCUUUGCAGAGCAUUUUAUCAAAGCAGGCAGAUAUACGGCCGGGCUGACAGCCAAGUACGAGGACUCUGUGUUGACAUCUACCGCAAGGAGCAAGGCGAGCCUCGCAGCGGGGCUCACUGUAGGCAUGCGAUUUCCAAGCGCGCAGGUUGUGCGAUUGUGCGAUUCAAGGGCUAUGCAGCUUGUGCGAGCUUUUCCUGCCGACGGCCGAUGGCGGAUUGUAGUCUUUGCUGGUGAUAUCAGCCAAGAAAGCAAUGCAAACAAGCUUACAUCUUUGGCUAAUUUCCUCUCAUCCAAUGACGGACCAGUCACCAGAUCGACAGCGCCAGACGCCGAUCGUGAUAGUUUUAUCGAGCCAAUCCUCGUUCUUCGCGGGGACAACACUAAGGUUGAUCAGGAGCAGAUUCCGGAUUAUUUCACUCCUGUAAACGGCCGAUGGCGGAUGCGCGACCUGUUCAAGGUUUUUGUGGAUUGUGACAGCUACAACUCUGGACAUGGAAAUGCAUACCAAAAAUAUGAAAUUGACGAGACGAAAGGAGCGUUGGUCGUUGUCCGGCCAGAUCAUUAUAUUUCACUGGUUACGGAUUUGGAAGACUACGAGGGUCUCGGUGAUUUCUUUAAAGGGUUUGCUACAUAUGUGUAG